AGACCAUAUAUGGCAAGCUCCUCCCCUGACAGGGUAGCAAAGGCAGAGAGAAAGACUAUAAAACCGAAGGAUGCUGGCACUAGGGCAAAGACCUCCCUCGAAUAUCUCUUCUGAUCGAUCAGCAUCAAGUGUUCUGACCUGAUAAGCCAUUUAGAGCUCUGGGCUGCAAAAGCCACUGGUGACCUGAGCCGGUCUGCACAACAACUUCCAGAAAGUUGCAGGGAUGAAGGUUCUGUCCCUUGCUCUCCUCUUCGUGCUCGUUGCAGUGAAUGAAGCCAGAGUCUUUGAGAGAUGUGAAGCAGCCAGGACCUUCAAACAGCAUGGACUGGAUGGGUAUGAAGGAUACAGCCUGGGCAACUGGGUCUGCCUGUCUUACUAUGAAAGCAGAUUCAACACCCAGGCUGUUGGGCCCCCGAACAGCGAUGGCAGCCGUGACUACGGGAUUUUCCAGAUAAACAGCCACUGGUGGUGUUCCAAUGGCCAGGGCCCAACAGCAAAUGGCUGCCAUACCUCCUGCAACAGUUUCCUAAACGACGACAUCACUAAUGAUAUUGAGUGUGCCAAGAGGAUUGUCAGAGACCCCAACAAGAUGGGCGCGUGGGUUGCCUGGAGGAACCACUGCAAAGGAAGAGAUCUCUCCCGAUGGACUGCCGGCUGUGGUGUCUGAGUUUUGCAUUCUGAAUAAAGAUCUCCAUCGUUGCAGUUUUUGAUUUGCUCUUUUUAUUUCUGUGCGAUGGUCUGUUUUUUCAUAAGGGCGCUGAAUGCUCUUCCUCUAUCAAACCGCUACUGACUGCAAGAGAAGGCUCACUUGAGCAGCUGUACCUUCAUACCAAGGAAAGAGAAAAAGAAAGAGGAAGGAAAUAAUGAAAUUAGGAAGGAAUGAUGUUAGUAAGAAAGCAAGAAAGAAUAUCCCUACCUGGUGCAUUAGUGAGACUUCUCCUUACUUCUAUUUGUCUGUGAAAGAAUUUUUUUGUAUGGAAAAGAAUUCUGUCAUAGUAUCUUCAUGUAUAAUGGGUCUCUGAGCUUUGUGUUCUG